CCGCCACUACAGACGUCUCUGCUUUUCUGCUCUCUUGCUUGGACUCUCGAAAAAGCUAGGAUCAUGGUCCGGGCAAAAAAGACGCGCAAAUUCGCUGCAGUCAAGCGACUGCUAAACCCAAAUGAUAUCCGACUGAAGGAGAACCAGCUGAAGCAGCAAAAGAAGGAGGAGGCGGAGAAGGCGAAGGCCGUGAAACGAGCUCCCCAGGUUGCGUCGUCGCUAUUCCUGCAACACAACUCCGCCCUUGUUCCGCCAUACCGCGUCCUCAUCGACACCAACUUCAUCAACUUCAGCUUGCAAAACAAAUUGGAGCUUAUUGGCGGCAUGAUGGACUGCCUCUACGCUAAAUGCAUCCCGUGCGUGACCGACUGUGUCAUGGCCGAGCUCGAGAAGCUGGGGCACCGCUACCGAGUUGCACUGAGGGUUGCGCGAGAUCCGCGAUUCGAGCGGUUGACAUGCUCGCACUCCGGGACGUACGCGGACGACUGCCUUGUGCAGCGCGUGACGUCGCACAAGUGCUACAUCGUAGCGACGUGUGAUCGCGAGCUGCGGAGGCGGAUACGCAAAAUCCCUGGUGUCCCUCUUAUGUACAUCGUGCGGCGCCGCUACGCCAUCGAGCGGCUGCCGGACCAGGGCGCGCCGUCAUAGUUCAUGAUAUGGACAUCGGAUUGUCAUGUUUUGCUUCGCGUUUGUAGCCUGUAGCUGUAUCUAGUCUCCUCGUUGUCGGUUCCACCAUAAUAUUAGCGAGGCAUUGUAGCCGACAUCCCAUGUUUAUUCAUUGGAACGUUCGC